AACUCCUCGUGGCCGUAUUAAUAAGUCCAAGUCUCAAAGGCUCAUAAAUCCUUAUCUAACAAGUCGCAAAUUUUACAGAAAGAAAAGAAAAUGGCGGCAAAUGGUACCUUGAUCGGCGAACAGGGUUAUGAUCGAGCCGAAGAAGUGAAGCAAUUCGACGACUCCAAGCUCGGAGUCAAAGGCCUCGUCGACUCGGGUCUCUCCUCCAUUCCCCGAAUCUUCAUCCACCCACCCGAAACCUUACAGCAAUUGCAGCCCACGACCCGACCCGACGCCCAAUCAAUCCCCACCAUAGACCUCUCCGACCUCCACCACUCCGAUCGCCGCUCCGCCAUCGUUGACCAAGUCGGCGGCGCGUGCCGCAACUUCGGUUUCUUCCAGAUCACCAACCACGGCAUACCGACGGUGGUUCUGGACCGUACGAUCGCCGCCGUCAAGGCCUUCCACGAGCAGCCGACGGAGGUCAAGGCUCGGUUCUACCGUAGAGAGAUGGGCCAGGGCGUGUCGUAUCUCUCCAACGUUGACCUGUACACCUCCAAAGCCGCCAGCUGGCGCGACACCCUUCAGGUGAGGCUCGGCCCUGUUCCGGCGGCCGACGACGAAGUUCCGGAGAUAUGUAGGGAUGAAAUUGUGGCGUGGAACAAGGAGAUCCAACGGCUGGGAGAGGAGCUGCUGGGGCUGGUGAGUGAAGGACUGGGAUUGCGCGCGGAGAAGCUGAAGGAGAUGACGUGUCUGGAAGGGAGGGUGAUGGCGGCCCACUACUACCCGCCGUGCCCGCAGCCUGAUCUAACGGUUGGGCUUACGUCACACAGUGACCCUGGAGUGUUGACCUUAGUGCUUCAAGAUCAGAUUGGUGGGUUGCAGGUUAAGCACGAUGAGGGUUGGGUGGAUGUGAAACCAGUCCCCGGUGCUCUUGUGAUCAACGUUGGUGAUUUACUCCAGAUUAUUUCAAACGAGGAAUACAAAAGCGUGGAUCACCGGGUAUUGGCAAAUCCAAGCCAUGAGCCGCGUGUCUCGAUCGCCGUGUUUUUUAACCCGAGCAAUAGAGAGGGCGUGUUUGGUCCGUUGCCGGAGCUGGUCUCGCCGGAGAAGCCAGCUCUCUACAAAGAGUUCAAGUUUUCGGAAUUCAUGACGAGGUUCUUCACGAAAGGAUUGGAUGGCAAAACUUUGGUGAAUUACUAUAAGCUGCAGUGAAGUAAAGACCUGGUCCAGACUCCAGACCUUGUGAAAGAUACUAUUCUAAAUUUCAGUUCCCAUGUACUUGAUUUGAGUUUCAUGCAAGAGGGCAACUGUAUUUAAGUGUUGUAUCUAAUUAAUCAAGUUUAUGCUACUAA